UCACGGCGCGGCGGAGGGGCAGGUGCCAGAGCCGCCCGGUGCCGCCCGGUGCUUCCCGGUGCCGCCCGGUGCCUCCCGGUGCCGCCGCUCCCCGCCGCGCCCCGCGCCGCUCCGGACCCCCGCGCCGCCCCAUGCGCCCCCCGGCGCCCUGACCGCGGCGGACACGAUGCGAGCCCAAAUCGAGGUGAUCCCGUGCAAGAUCUGCGGAGACAAAUCCUCAGGGAUCCACUACGGUGUCAUCACCUGCGAAGGCUGCAAGGGUUUCUUUCGGAGGAGCCAGCAGAACAAUGCCAGCUACUCCUGCUCCCGGCAGAGGAACUGCCUGAUCGACCGCACCAACCGCAACCGCUGCCAGCACUGCCGCCUGCAGAAAUGCCUGGCACUGGGCAUGUCCCGCGACGCGGUGAAGUUCGGCCGCAUGUCCAAGAAGCAGCGGGACAGCCUGUACGCCGAGGUGCAGAAGCACCAGCAGAGCCAGGAGCAGAGCGGCGGCGCCAAGGACGAGCCCGAGCCCCUGAGCCGCGUCUACACCACGAGCGUCAGCAGUGGCCUCUCGGACCUGGACGACAUCUCCACGCUGUCCGACGGGCUCCUCUUCGACUUCCCCCUGACCCCCGAUGGCAGCAGCACCUACUACAACCUGGACCUGCUGGCCUCGGCGCAGCCCUCGCCCGACCAGUCCAGCCUGGACGUGGCUGAUGCCACACUCAUCAAGCAGGAGUCCAUCUACGAGCUGAUGCUGGAGCCGGCGCUGCUGGCACACGGGGCGCUGGAGGGGGCCCAGCUGCCCCCUGACAUCUCUGUCCUGGAGAUCGACCGGGUGGCCCAGAACGUGGUGAAGUCGCACCUGGAGACGUGCCAGUACACAACGGAGGAGCUCAAGCGCCUGGCGUGGAGCCUCUACUCCCCUGAGGAGGUCCGUGCCCUGCAGAGCAAGAGCUGCGAGGCCAUGUGGCAGCAGUGCUCGCUGCAGAUCUCCAACGCCAUCCAGUACGUGGUGGAGUUCGCCAAGCGCAUCGACGGCUUCAUGGAGCUCUGCCAGAACGACCAGAUCAUCCUCCUGAAAGCCGGUUGCCUCGAGGUGCUCCUGAUCCGCAUGAUCCGCGCCUUCAACCCCUUGAACAACACCAUCCUCUUCGAGGGCAAGUUCGGUGGGAUGCAGAUGUUCAAAUCUCUCGGCUGUGACGACCUCAUCGGUGCCGUCUUCGAGCUGGGGAGGACCCUGUGCCGCCUGCAGCUGUCGGACGAGGAGCUCGCCCUCUUCACUGCUGCUGUCCUGCUCUCCCCAGACCGCCCAUGGCUGACCGAGUCCAAGAAGGUGCAAAAGCUCCAGGACAAGAUCUACGUGGCCCUGCAGCACGAGAUCCAGAAGAAACACUCCGCUGAGGACAAGCUCUCGAAGAUGGUUUCCAAGCUGCCCUUGAUGAAGACCAUUUGCAACCUGCACUUGGACAAGCUGGAAUUUUUCCGUCUCCUGCACCCGGAGACUGCCAUGAACUUCCCCCCCCUCUAUAAGGAGGUUUUCAACUCGGAGCUUCAGUACAGCGACCCCCGGGAGAGCUAAGGCCAGGAGCCGGCGGCCCCCUUCGAGUUCCCCAAACUUUGGAGACAAACUGCACUUCAGAGGUUUGGGGCAAUUUAUUUAAAUCAAAUAAUCAAAGGCAAGAGAACCCCGGGGGGGCUGCAGCGCCUCCCUGGCCCCGUCUCCUCGCUGUGGAUUGCAAUAGCUCUUGAAUGUAAAGCACCUUGAAGGAAAAAGCAAAUGGACUUUGCCAUACCAGUGAAAUGAAUGUGAAAUCUCUGCUUGGGAGAGGAGAUGCUCCUGGCAGUGGUGAGGGACCGGCUGCUCCCGGUGACACGGGAGGAGGGAGUGCCCUUCCCACUGUCCCGGCUGCACUCUCCGCCUCCCAUUUUUAUUGCUUUGUUUUUUAAUUAUUAUUUUUAUUUUAUUGUGGUUUUUUAACCCGAACAUCAGGCAUGGGAUAAAGAAGGGGCGAUACUGACUCGGCUGGGUCGGGUUGGGGCUGCAGCUGAGGAGAGGGAAGGGACAGAGCCUUUGCUUUAUUUCGUCUCCCACGGGUGCAGCGGAACCCCGGGAGCUUGGCCAAGAAAGGCCUGCCUGUGGCUGGUGGGAGAUUCAGCACAGGAUUUUCCUGUGGGGGAAGCUGGUUUGAGGGAAAAGAUGCCCAGUGUAGCAGGGCAAAAAUUGUGCAGGGUCUCCAUGCCCUGCAUCACAGCAUUUUCCCAAAUUCCCAGCCAGUUCCUUGUCCAGCUGGAUGACCACCUGGCUUAGUGGAGCUGGUUCAGCAGGUUCGCCUUUCUCGUGCCACCUCUGUGCAUCCCAAAAGCUUUUGCAGGCCUGUGGGACUUCAGCCAGAGCCCAAAUCCUGGCCAUCCCACCCCAGAGGCACCCGUGGCCACUGGAGGGGCCCAGGGCUGUCCCUGUCCCCGUGGUGGCCACAGCAGUGGUGGCUCUCUGGGUGCUGCUGCUGUGUGUAGUUCUCUUAUCAAUCCCAUUCAAACUGCCCCAUGGUUCAGCACCCAGAGCAGGGUUUGUGACCUUUUCUCCACCCAGCCCACAGCUGGUCCCAUUCCCAGGUUCCCCUUUCCCACACCACACACAGGAACCCAGAUGUGGCUGCAGGUUGAGUUGGACCCAGGCUUUCCCCUCAAUGAGCUCCAUAGAACUAUUUUGGGAGUUGCUCUUGAGUUAGCAGGAUUUAGGAGCUUUUUAUGGGGAGAAACUGCCUGUUGGAGCCAAGGCGAAGUGAAAGGUCCUUAUUCCCUUAAGGAGUAAGGCUGGUUGGAAGGAAUGUGGUGUUAGGGACCUGCUGCUCCU